AUGGGGCAAGUGCAAGGUCCGAGGAGAGUGGCCAAUCAGAUUCCUGACGAGAUCCUCAACAAUCCAGAGCUCAACAAGGCCAUUAAGGCUUUGCCAGCUAACUACAGUUUUGAGAUCCACAAAACAAUCUGGAGGGUGCGUCAAGCCAAAGCCAAGAGAGUGGCCUUGCAGUUGCCUGAGGGUCUGCCGAUGUUUGCAUGUGUGAUCUCUGAUAUCAUUGAGAGAUUCACAGAGGCGGACACACUAGUGAUGGGAGAUGUGACAUACGGGGACUGCUGCAUGGAUGACUUCACUGCCCGCACUUUAGGAGCCGACUUCAUGGUGCAGACUUUAUGGGCUUGCAAAGUCCCCAUAGACUCAACUGAGGCCAUCAAGAUGCUGUAUGUGUUUGUGGACAUCCAGAUUGACACUGGCCACUUCCUGGACACACUCAGGUUCAACUUUCCCCCUGGCCACUCGCUCGCCCUCGUCAGCACCAUCCAGUUUGUGGCUGCUUUACAGGCCCAUUCCCGUGCUCUGGUUGCUCCUUUGGUGUUGGUACCCCAGUGUCGGCCACUUUCUCCUGGGGAGAUCCUCGGAUGCACAUCGCCUCGUCUGGAGAAACACAUCAGUGCCAUCAUAUAUCUUGGGGAUGGAAGGUUUCAUUUGGAAUCCAUCAUGAUUGCCAACCCAGAUAUACAUGCCUACAGGUAA